AACACAUCGCAGUAAGCCUGUUUGAGUCAAAGACCCGCAGACAGAAGAAUGGUGGUAAUCAAUCAAAAUCCCGGGGACGGUUUGUUUGUUGAGUAAACAACACACAUUUGGAAGACGGGUUCUAAAUUUGCAGUGCGCUGUGCGAGAGGAACGUGAACAAGUGGCACAUACCGAGAAAAGCCGGGAGCCAAGAAAAAAAUCCGAUCGAUCCGAGCAUCUAGAGACGAAGGAAUGGCAAAAAGUCGCGAAAUUAUCCAACUACACGUGGGUCAAGCCGGCGUUCAGAUUGCGAGUGCGUGUUGGGAGUUGUACUGCUUGGAGCAUGGCAUCUAUCCGGACGGACGGUUCUGCGAUUGCACGAUCUAUGACGAUUGCAGUGCUUUUUUCAGCUGUGACAAAAAGGGUCGCUGUGUGCCGAGGGUGGUGAUGGCAGACCUAGAGCCGUCGGUGAUUGAUGAAAUUCGUAUCGGAGCCUACCGGCAUCUGUUUCACCCGAGCACACUGAUCACCGGCAAGGAAGACGCGUCGAGUAAUUUUGCCCGGGGUCACUUUACGCUGGGGCGAAUGAUGAUCGAAGGCGUGAUGGAGCGGAUCAGGAAGGUUGCGGAAGGCUGCUCGACCGUGCAGGGCUUCAUGAUCUUUCACAGCUUGGGCGGCGGGACGGGGAGUGGGUUCGGAACACUGGCAUUGGAGAAACUGUUUGACGACUAUGGCAAAACGACAAAAAUAGAAUUCAACAUCUUCCCUUCGCCGAGGAUCUCGCCGGUAAUUGUGGAGCCAUACAACGCGGUUCUUUCCACGCACGUAGGGAUGGAUUACAGUGACUGCGCAUUUCUGUUGGAUAAUGAAGCAAUCUAUGACGUGUGUGAUAGAAGUUUGAACGUACGUGAGCCAACUUAUACAAAUCUGAACAGACUAAUUGCCCAAAUCGUUUCUUGUAUCACGUCAUCGCUAAGAUUCACCGGGGCCAUCAAUGUGGAUUUGCUAGAAUUUCAAACGAAUCUUGUCCCUUUCCCGAGGAUACACUAUCCUCUAGUUACCUACUCACCGCUAAUCCCAUUCCGGAACGCCAAGCAUGAACAACUAACUACAUCACAAAUAAUAUCCGAAUGUUUCGAACCUUCCAAUCAGUUGGUCAAAUGUGACCCCAGAACAGGAAAAUACAUAUCCUGUUGUAUGCUGUAUCGUGGAGAUGUCUCCCCGGUGGACAUCAACCGCUCGAUCCAGGAGUUGAAAUCCAAACGAACAGUAAACUUUGUGGACUGGUGCCCCACGGGAUUCAAAAUCGGAAUCAACUAUCAGCCGCCGAUUGCUGUACCGGGUGGCGACUUGGCAAAAGUGGACCGUGCGGUGUGCAUGCUUUCGGGCAAUACGGCCGUCCGGACGGCGUGGGAGCGGAUCGUGCGCAAGUUUGAGCAAAUGUUCGAUCGGAAGGCGUUUUUCCAUCACUUUGUGGAUGAAGGUCUGGAAGAGAGUGACUUAUGUGAUGCCAAAGAAAAUUUGUCAACGCUCAUUUGCGACUACGAAGAGGUGGAGAAAUAACGAAGCUCAGUUCACCAGAAUGUACCUUCGUGCAAAAUUGGCAUCAUUAUAUAGUAUC